AUGGGGCCGAAGGGUAUGGGCUUCCCAGCCGACGGGAUAGACAAUCAUGGGUGGAAGUUAUAUAUCACGUCUCUGGUAAUGAUCAUCGCCGCCGGUUUGAUUGUUAUCGUUAGGUGUGCAAGUCGAGCCUAUCUCUUCAAUCUUGGUGCUGACGACAUUGUCAUCGUCUUCUCACUUCUUUUCUCCAUCGUUCUUUCUGUUGCCAUCCAGCUUGCCAUAGAAAAUGGCUACGGAAUGCACAAAGCCGAUCUCACUGUGGUUGAGCUUGACACGGCCCUUAGGUGGUUCUUCAUUGCUCAAACCCCCUACAAAGUAACCGUUUGCCUCAACAAAGUUGCCACCAUCCUACUUUAUCAGCGUAUUUUUGUCACCAAGAGAUUCCAGAUCGCGGCUUAUAUUGUAAUGGGAGUCGUCGUCGCUUGGAGCAUCGGAGGUGUGGGAUCGACCAUUUUCCAGUGUGUCCCCAUUGCUGGUGCUUGGGAUAAAACUGUAAAGGCAAAGUGUAUCAACUCGGAUAUAUUCUGGGUCGCCUAUGCUGUCAUGAACAUCUUGACAGAUGUGAUGGUCUUGGCUCUUCCUAUUUGGCCGAUCAUGCAACUCCAGCUCAGCCCACGCAACAAGAUAAUGCUAUGCGCCAUCUUCCUGAUGGGCGGUUUUGUUACUGUCACGUCUAUUCUCAGAGCAACGUCUGUGAAAAACUCACUAGCCAAUAAAGCAGACACCACAUGGAACUUCAUCGACCGCGGCAUCUGGACAUUGAUCGAGGCCAAUGCGGGUAUAAUCGGCGCCUGUCUUCCCACUCUAAGGCAGCCCUUGGCCCGACUAUUCCCUCGCUUCUUCGACUCA